AUGAACUUAGAAUAAUUUGAUGAUUUAUCAGGAGAAGUGAAUACAUUUUUGUUAAAAGAAAAGGAAACUGUAUUGUUAAUACAUGGUGUAGCUGGAUCUGGCAAAAGUACUGUUGCUAAAAAAAUAGAAGAAUUUAUUUGGAAAUUAAAUGAAAGUAAUAUUAAGGUUAAUGAAUAUGUACUUGUACCAAUAUAUAUUUCUUUGCCUUCUGUCAAAAAUCCUGCAUUUUAAAUCAUAGAGGAGGCACUUCGUCAAGAUGAGUACGGGUUUGAUGAUUUAUAAUUAAAAGAAUGUAAAGAGUUGCUAGAAGCAAGAAAGUUUCGAUUUUUAAUUUUGAUGGAUAGUUACGAUGAAAUGAAAUUAGAGAAUAUCAAAAAAAAUUUAUAUAUUAUUAAUAAGCUUUAUUCAAAUUGGUCAAACCCUUUAGUUAUAUUUACAACAAGAAGUGAGAUUCUCACAAGCAGCAAUUAUUCCGAUUGGUUUGCACCCGAAGAUAAAACAAAACUAAAAGAAAUCUAAAUCUUAAAAUUCGACCAAAUUUAAAAAAAGGAAUACAUAAAGUAGUUUACCAAUUUAAGUAUUAAAGUAUUGGUUUUUGAAAUUUAUGAAUGGUAAACCAAAAUGCUAAACAAAAUUUCUAUGGAUAUCUAAAAGUUUGAAAUAUUUUGGCAUAAAUUCCAAACUGAGUUUUUAAAGUUAUCUCCAAUAAAAACUCAAGGUGAAAUUUUACUAUAAAAGAAGUAGAUAGAAGAAAUUUUACUAUUUUUGAAAAAAGAUCAAUUCAUCUCUUUAUAAAGCAAUGAAGCACUCAGAAGGCUUGAUAUUAAUUUAUAGAAGCUUUGGAGUGUUGAAAAGUAUGAAGCAAUGAUCAAGAUGAUUAAUCUUGAUAAAUUGAUUGAUACCCCUUAUAUGAUGGAAAUUAUUGUUUAGGUACCACCCUAAAUGUUGCCCAAAGUAACAGAGAUUCUCAAAUUAAAAUAAAAUUUCAUUAAAAUUUUCCAAAAAGUUUUAAGAAGUAUUAAUGAGUCUAUAUCUGAUAAAAUCGUAUAAAUAGUAGACAUUAAAAUCUUCAAAUUUGUUAAAAAAUGCUUAAGAUGA